AGAGCUGGCUGGCUCGCCGCUUUAUUGAACUGCAAGUCAGUCGCAUCGUAGCUUAGGAAUACCCGGGGCUAUCUGGCCCACCUAAUAAAGACGAAGUAUACAAAUUGUAUUCUGGAUGAAAAAUUGUGUAUAAGAAAAUUGUGUUUCCCUAUGGUAAUCGUGAAGUUUAUGGUGCCAAAUCAAUGUGUUGAUAAUCAGAAUGCCUCCAUCGGUUGACUAUCAACAGGCACCACAAGAUAACCAGGAGAUGACCGACAGAGGGAUGAAGCGCUCCUUGGCGCCCGGCACCCUGCCGAAGCAGCCCAAGAAGCCGCGCCUCAUCAAACUGGAUCCGCGGUCGAGCCCGCUCCAGUAUCUCAACACGAUUCGUCCUGGACUUAACUUCAAAAUCGAACGUACAGAAGGCGGGCCUGCGCAUGAGCCAAGGUUUUCCGUCAGCGUCGUUGUGGAUGGGCGUACGUACUCAGGCCUGGGAAAAAGUAAACAGCACGCAAAACAGUUCGCAGCCGUCGAGGCGCUCAAGUUGAUACUGAACGAUUCCAGCCUCCAGUAUAUCGAAGAUGCUCCCAGGGGCCCGGGAGGUAUUGUUAUGCCGGAGCCUGCUCCCCCUGAGAAGCCCGUUGCGCCUGCACCUCCACCGGCACAAACCGCCCCGGAUACGCAAAAUCCCGCUCCUUCAACCCAGGCCGUGCCAAGUGCCAUUUCAAUAGCUGGUAAAACCCCGGUACAAAUACUAAACGAAAUGGAUACAAGUGCCGUGUACGAAUGUAUCGCAGAAGAUCCCGUAAAUCUCCCCAGAAGGUUCACAAUGACAGUUACCGUAAAAGGAGUUACUUAUCGGGCUUUCGGUGCAAACAAGAAGCAGGCAAAGCAUGCCUGUGCACGAUCCGCCCUUAUCGCUAUGGGGACACCUAUUGCAGAUUCAGAGUCAUUGGCGGAGGACGCUCUUGCAGAUAUCCAAGGCACAAUACCGCGACACCAGGCUAAUCAAAACCUGUCGGACAGGAUUGGGACAAAAAUGUUGGAUAAGUUUGAAGAAGUGAUGCGCAACAGGCCCGAUAAGAAGCCGUGGAAGGUUCUCGCCGGUUUGGCGAUGACGAGGAUAAGCUGUCCUGAUGCCGAUCCGAACAUCUUGUGUAUUACAACAGGCACGAAAUGCCUCAGCGGUAAAUACCUUGCGAUGGAGGGUUCCGCACUGUUCGAUUGUCAUGGGGAGAUCCUCGCUCGACGAUGCUUCAAAUUUCUCCUUUACCAACAGCUUGAUACGUACGCUGAUCCGGGUGCCGAUAAAACAAAUCUCAUAUUAGAACCGGACAUAGUAUCAGGAAAGCUGAUGUUGAAACCUGGCAUACAGCUACAUCUGUUUAUCAGCACUUCGCCAUGCGGAGAUGGGCGAAUAUUCGCACCAAAUGAAAAGGCUUGCACGGAGCUCAUGGAUCGAAAUGCCGGAAGAGCGUCCCGGGGAGUACUGCGAACCAAGAUCGAGGGUGGAGAAGGCACGAUACCACUUCCGGCGUCAUUUACUGUCCAAACAUGGGAUGGUAUUAUGAACGGCGACCAAAGACUUUUGACUCACUCAUGUUCUGAUAAGCUGCUCCGAUGGAACGUGCUCGGUCUCCAGGGCGCGCUACUGUCACACUUCGUGCAUCCCAUCUACCUGAGUAGCAUCGUGCUGGGUUCAAUGUUCCAUGCAGUUCACAUGGAACGCGCCGUGGCCGGCCGCCUCACGGGUCAGUUCCCCGAUGGAAACCUUCCGCCCGGCUACAGCCAUAAUUUUCCAGGGCUUUCGAGGCUAAGCUGUGUGAUGACUCGUACAAUUCAGAAAUCUCCGAACUUCGCUGUCAAUUGGAUAAUUGGUGACGAUACCCCUGAAGUCGUCGACGCUUCAACCGGCCUUCGAGAGACAAAUGAAAUUUCACGGCUGGCCAAAAGAGAACUCUUUUCAAGGUUCCUCAGUCAUUAUAAGAGUCGCACUUCCGAAGCCACUUUGGAUGAGCAUCUCACGUACCGCGCUGCGAAGGAACUUGCAUUUGAUUACGAGUUUGCUAAGCAAGCGAUGUUCCAGGCCAUGGAACAAGCAAAAUUAGGUCGGUGGGUUACUAAGCCCGAAGAGUGCAGUGGCUUUAAUCUGGCUGAUUAGAAAAAGCCAAGUGACCUUUUCAUCAAUACCGACCAAAUCGGGCCAAGUUUGUUAGUCGGUUUUCUACGUAUGAUCUCGUAUAUUAUGGCCUCAUUUCUGCUACCAACUGUUUUAAUUACCUUAAUCUGCCAAGGACGCUGGCUGCUGUUAACAGUGUAAUAUCUUUUACUUUAGCGGUGUCAAAAAGAACAGAACUCAUCCUUGCCCUAUUUUAAGAUCAAACUGGGUCUACUGAGUGUUACUAUGUUACGUUUCACAGUGACAGCCUCAGCUUCCGAUUCCUUUUACGCAACUUGCUUAAAAGGCUGAACAUUCAUUUUGAAAACUACAUCUCAUGGACUAUCCACAUCAGACAUUGUGGACAGAUAUCUUUUAUCGACAUUGCACCCAUAAUAAGUAGCUCAUUUCACCGAAAAUAGCUUUUAAACUAUUCUGUAGGAUAUAUUAAUAUGCAGAUGUGACUGUCUAUUGGAGGAGCUUUACUACUAUUAGAAAUCCAUAGAAUAACCCGGUAAGGUUAAUCGGUUAUGGAUGUACGUGGGCACUGGUACGAAUAUUUCUUGCUGACAUAUAGCUCUAGUAAUAAUAAGUGAAGUACUCUAUUAUAUGUUAACCAAAUAUUAAUGCCACACUAAACUUUCGAUAAAACUGAAACUUCUAUCGAAAUGGGCUAAACUUGUACACGGUUAUUAUCGUGAUGUAUCAUGUGACACUACCUGCACUCCACCUAACGUGUUCUGCGGGUGUUAACUUUAUUUUUCUGUUGAAAUGUGAAAUCGUAUUUGUGGCCCCUCUGGACGGACUCAGUGUGGCAAGAUUUUGUUCGUACAUUUACUUGCAUUAGUUGGAGUUCGGGCGCUGAGCAGAGUAAACUGCGUGCCUUCUAAGCACCGAAACGUCGAAUUUGGCGAUGUUUGUCAGGUGUCUUGUUUUCUUUGUGAUUUCUCUAUUACUGUUCCCAGUGGGUGGCAUUUGGGGGCUGACAGUAACAACAGCGGCAUUUUUUGGAUACUUGUUGAAUGUACUUGACCCUAUCCUUGCUCACUAAGGUAGACUAAAGUAACCAGCUUUACUUAGUAAGAAACUGGAAAUUGCCAUCUUCAUACUUGUGUAAACAUUACUAUGUAAAUUAUCUUUAGGCUUAAGGCGCGCACACAGCUUUUCGACAUGAUACGAUAUCUUAUAUCACUUGCUUAUUUUUAUAAGGCACUGAUGCCUUAUACAUAAUUGUAACAAACAGCUUUUUGGUUUCGUAAGUGCCGUGUGGUGCUUCCUGUUGUACUAUAGUUGUAUCGUAUUGAUUUUUGAAAGGUUAUAAAUAGAGACUGUAUAAUCAAUGCAUUUAACGCGUCUUUAAUUAGGCCUUUCGGAAUACUUUUUAAUUCACAUGUAAAUAGAAGCACGUGGAAAAGCCCAACAGAUUCUAGCCUAGAAGGUUUGAUAGCAUUAUAAAUGUGUUGAAGUAUAAUGUUUGCCAGUCCCUAAAAUUUGAGUAUUUCAAUUGGCUCCUACCGCUACUCGAACAAUCUAUCUACUAUCAAAAACAACGAUUUCGGAAUUUUAGAAA